AUGGAGGUGGAGGCGAGGAGUGGUGGCAGCGGCGCCAGCGAGGGCAGAUGGUCGCAGUCUGGAACGUCGCUCCCCGUCAGGAACGUCCAGGCUCUGGCGGGGUCGGCCGCCGAGCUGACGGCCGACACCAUCCAACGGUACAUCCAGCCGGACGUCGAGGGGGACACGGUUCUCGCAGAGCACUCCGAUGAGGUUCCGGUGAUCGACCUCGGCAAGCUCCUGGACGCCGAGUCCGUGGAAGCGGAGGCCGCCAAGCUCAGAUUUGCCUGUGAGGACUGGGGCUUCUUCCAGGUCGUAAAUCAUGGAAUACCAAUUGAGGUCAUCGCGGAUAUGAAGCACGACAUUCAGAAGUUCUUUCAGCUCCCCCUCGAAGUUAAGAAUGCAUAUGCGCAACGAGUAGGAGAUCUUCAAGGUUAUGGUCAAGCGUUUGUUCUGUCCGAUGAUCAAAAGCUAGAUUGGUCAGACAUGUUUGGCCUCUUUUCGCAGCCACCUCAGGCCCGUGAUAUGAGUUACUGGCCAAACCAGCCUCCUAAUUUCAGGUUAGAUGUGUGUGUUUUAAACAUCUUAUUUCUAGAUGGCAUUAAAACUAUUUCCUUCUAAUCAAAGCA